AUGGUUUUCGAAUCUAUUGUGGUCGAUGUUUUAAAUCGGUUUCUUGGGGAUUAUGUUGAGAAUCUGAAUAGAUCACAACUAAAACUAGGAAUAUGGGGAGGCGAUGUUGUCUUGGAAAAUUUGAUAUUGAAGCAGAAUGCACUCGAGGAGUUAAAUAUCCCUGUUCAGACUGUUUAUGGACACUUAGGAAAAUUGGUGCUAAAAAUUCCAUGGAAAAAUCUGUAUGGUGCAUCAGUGGAAGCAACAGUUGAAAGAUUAUUUCUGAUAGUAAAUCCAAAUGCAGAAAUUAAAUAUGAUCCCGAAAAAGAAGAAAAGAUGGCUCUGGCAGCCAAACAGGCUGAGCUUGCAAGAGUUGAAGAGGCCAAAAAGAAGGAAGCUGAAAAAGAUGCUAAUAAACUUGACGAGACCUUUGUUGAGAAACUUGUCACACAAAUCAUAAAGAAUGUUCAGCUCAAAAUAUCGGAUAUCCACAUUCGCUAUGAGGACAGCAUUACCAAUCCUAAAUCACCAUUUUCUUUUGGGAUCACUCUGCAUAAUCUGUCCGUACACACCACUGAUGAAAAUUGGAAGCAGACAGUGAUUCAAGAAGCAGUUACAAAAAUAUUUAAGAUAUUGAAUCUGGAAGGAUUAGCAAUCUAUUGGAAUCCAACUACUGAGUUGUAUUCAAGGAGCAGCCUACAGGAAAUCAAAACUAGACUACAGAAAGAAAUUGCAACGAAAACAUCUAAACCCCAGGAUUAUAAAUAUGCCCUUGCACCAAUCAACGCUACAGCGAAAUUGAAAUUAAACCCCAAACCAGAAGGUGAUACACCCAAAUUUAGUAUACCUAAAGUGAUUUUAAGCUUGCACAUGGAACAGCUGGCUGUGAACUUGAACAAAGCACAAUACCAGGAUAUGAUGUUACUAGCGGACUCUAUGGACAGAAUGAGUAAGGGUGCACCAUACAGAAAGUAUCGACCAGAUUUAAAUAUAUACAAGGGCCACUAUAAGGAGUGGUGGCAUUUUGCCUUCAAAUGUAUUUUAGAAGAGGAAGUACUGCGACGUCGCAGAAAUUGGGACUGGACACAUAUGCUGUCCCAUAGGAAACUAUGCAAGGAUUACGCAAAUGCUUAUCAGAAUAAGUUAACUUGUAACGGCAAAGUGUCUGCUGAACACCAGUGUAUCCUGGAUAAAGCUGAGAAGUCCUUGGAUUUGUUCAAUUUGGUGGUUAUUAGACAGCAAAUUGAGUUAGAGGUUGAAAGGCUGGGUAAGCUUGAAGCAGAAGCGAAGAAAUCUCGCGGAUGGUUCAGUGGGUGGUGGGGCGGAGGCAGUUCUAAGGACGAUGAAAUUUCCCAAGGAGUCGCUAUCAUGAAACAAUUCGAGAAAGCAAUGACACCCGAGGAAAAGGAGAAGUUGUUCCGAGCCAUCGAUUACCAAGAGAACACCGCACCACUCCACCUGCCUGUGGAGUAUGUAGCUGUCGAAGGACAUUUUAAGCUGGAUAAGCUGCAAGUAGCUGUGAAUGAUGUAUCAGAGGUCCUUAGGGGCUGUGUAGAGAAUGUGGAAUUAGAUAUGAUGCAACGGCCUAGUGCUAACGCGUUACGAGUGGACGUCCGAAUGGACGCGUUUACGGUGACGGGUGUGCGUCAAGGCGAAUUCCUGCCUCAACUUGUUACUUCGAAAGAGUUCGCGAAGGACGUAUACCUUCUUAAUGUUUUAUUUGAGACUAAUCCAUUGGAUGGUACUUGCGACCAGCGUGUACAGGUGCGCGCGCGCCCGUUGCAAAUGGUAUACGAUGCACAAACAGUAAUUGAAAUCGUCAAUGUCUUCAAGCCACCUUCGGAAUCUACAGCCUUAACAACUUUGCAAGCAGCUGCCGAAAACAAGUUGUCAGAUUUGAAAGAGAAAUCAGCUCUGGGCAUGCAGUAUGCGGUGCAUCAACACACAUUCAUCGAAUUGGAUAUAGAUGUCGCCUCCUCCUACAUCAUUGUUCCGCAGACGGGGAUGUAUAAAGGAGGAGAAGCGUGUGUCGUAGUGAAGUUGGGUGCGAUCAGCGUUAAGAGCGAACCAAGGGCACCGCAAUUGGACGUCCAUCAGCUGUAUCGUCAGGGCUUGGCCGACGAUGAUAUUUUAGCGCAGAUCACGACUCACAGCUAUGAUAAGAUGGCGCUUAGGCUUACCGAGAUGCAGAUAGUUAUCGCAUCUCCAGGCGAAGAUUGGCAGUCGGCGAUUGUGGCAAAUGAGGCGACGCCUUUACAUCUGUUGCAACCAACCAACUUGUUGAUACAGAUACAUAAAUGUCUUAUAAUCGAUGACCCGAGAAUGCCUAAAAUUAAAAUAAGGGGUGAAUUACAAAAGAUUGCCGUUAGCGUUUCAGAAGACAGGUUGCUGACAUUGUGCGAAAUCUUAGUUGGUAUGCCACUACCGCGAUCCGAUGAAACAACUCAACUUAAGGCAAGCGAUUCUAAAGCAUCAAGUCUCUCUCUAUUGAAAUAUUUGGAUCCAGCUGAAAAACAAAAAAGGGAUACCGCUAGGUCUAAACAAAGGAAAAGCGACGAACACACUGUGCAACUUACGGAACUAGAGGCGUUCUUUAUCAUGAAAGAACUAGUCCUCAGCGUCAAUCGCAAAACAAGGGAUCCAUCAAGUGGCUACGAUAGAUUUCUAGUGUUCUCAUUAAACCUACUGGAAAUUAAAGCCACACAGAAGACAUUUACUCUGGAAGCGGCCGUCCGCCUAGGCUCUGUAGACAUGCAGCACCAUCGUGCUGGAUACGAAACUAUAGCCAUGAUACAGACGCCUGCAGAACCAGAGGAUCAGAAUAGCCUGGAGGAUCAGUACUUGUUUGCGGUUACUUAUAGUAAUGUUGACAAGAAAUGUCCAGAAUUCAGAAGUCACUACGGCUCUGUUGAACAAAUGAUUGAGCUGGAUUUCACUACGCUCGAGCUCUUGCUGCAUUUGGAAGGGUUGCAAGAAAUUCUCGUUAUUGUUAAUAAUUAUCAGACUCGAUUAAAUGCCAUUCAAAGCACAGUGGAUCGAUACGCCAAUGCGGGUCCUCUAGAAACCAUUAUGGAAGACGAAGAACUAUUGUCUAUGGUCAAGUCAAAAGUCAGUGUAACAAAAGCGCCGCGUCGUAAGCAAGUGGAGAGUAUACAAUUGAAAGUGAACGUUAAGAUUGGGUCAGUAGAGAUCAAAUUCGCGACAGAUGUUCGGCCGCUCUCGCUGCUCAAAUUACAAGGUGCUACUGCGGGCUUAGUGCUUAAAGCCUCGUACACGCAAAUAGAUUGCUCUAUUGCGUCUAUAAAAGUUGAGGAUUUGAAUCCAGCAACGGUACACAAAGAGAUAUUAAAAGUUCUCGGUGGUGACGUGAUGAACGUGCAAAUAGUGAUGUACAAUGUGGAACAGUAUCCUAAUACUAGUGAUGUCAACAUGUCGAUAGACGCUCAGAUAAACUGCUUGAGGAUUGUCUUUCUGAAUUGGUUCCUCACUUCAAUGUUGGAGUUCCUGAAUAAUUUCCAAGCGGCGCAAGAAGCGAUUAUCGAGGCUUCUUCGCAAGCAGCAGAGGCAGCUCGUGCUAACGUACACAAUGCAUAUCAGAAUUCAACCAAGUUAGCCCUCAAACUCCGCCUUGCUGCACCCAUUAUUCUGGUUCCCGAGAAUUCUAGCAGCAUGAAUGCGAUGCUGUUGGACUUCGGACGAAUGACGAUCAAUAAUAAGUUCGUGGACUUACCGGUAGCUGACGUCAGUAAUAAGGUAACAGUAGACGAACUAACUCUGGAGUUAGAAGAAUUAAAGGUCUCCUGUGUUCAACUCAUCGAAGACAGUACCGAAGUGUCUCAUGAGAGAAAGCUUUUGCGGCCAACCAGCUUCAAGCUUCUCGUUAAACGCAGCCUUUCGAGCUGGUACGAACCACUGCCGGACCUUGAUGUGUCUGGACGGAUGAAGACCAUUGCUAUUACCGUCGGGCAUAGUGAUUACAAAAGUAUAAUGAAGAUUCUGAAUCAAAAUCUACAAGAAGGCCAAAACAAAGCAGAGGAAGUGAAGCCGCAACAGAACCUAUCAAAGGUCACCUCGAAACCGACGGUCAAGAGCCAGACCAGCAAAGUUACUACGAAGUCUACGGUAGCUGUGGUGACACCGAGGGAAACGAAAGAACCAAGGACCACUAUCAAAUUCUCAUUUACUAUGGACAGCUUUGUCAUUGAUCUCAUGAAUACUGUGUUGUCUGAAGACUCCCUGUUCACAAAAGACGUGGAAUUAGCCCGUUUCUGCCUCGCCCUACUGUCUGUAAAGGGGCGAAUGUUCUCAGAUGGUUCUUUACAUACAUCAGUGCUGCUCGUUGAUUGCACGUUAGAUGACACCAGGCCUGGCAGAGGUGCUAAGAUUACCAGAUACUUGGAAAGACGUCGCGAUAGACCCGAUAUAAAGCUGGACCAAACUGAUGAAACUCAGGACAACAUAAUGGAAGCGCAUGAUAAGAUUCGCAGCAUGAUCGACAUUACCUAUACGUUGAAGAACUCUGAUACAUUUAUCGACAUGAGAAUAUUCAGUUUCAACUUGAUCUUGGCGAUGGAUUUCUUAAACAAAAUCGCCGAGUUUAUGACAAGCGGUCUGGCUGAAGAUGCACCUGUUGUGAAGCCGAAGGAAGAAAUUAAAAUCAUCAAGUCCACGACGGAUAAAUUAGCUGAGACUAAUAUUAAAAAGAAAAUAUCAGUCGCGUCCGGACCAUCACUGACGGAACAGAGCGCGCGUCCCGCCAUGAUGACCGUCAACAUCAAGAUAGAGCAGCCUGAUAUCAUACUCGUCGAGUCUUUGGAGCAGAAGAAAUGCGACGCUCUGGUUUUGAAUAUGGAAGCAAAAUUCAAGUUACGCAAGACGGAUGAACAUAUGGUUGCCGACGGCGGUAUAUCGGGGCUACAAAUGGUGGUUCGCACGCUAGGCCGAUCGAGUGCCGCGCCGAGAUACCUACUUGCGCCCGCGCAUCUUUCUCUCGCACUGUCGCAGCCUCCGUCAAGUGGCAUGCAUGUGGACGUAGCACUCACUGACAUAAAGAUAACCGUCUCACCGGAAAUGAUUGCGCUCCUGAACCGUGUCCUCGCUACGAUGACGAGCAGCGAAGAAGACAACGUCGAACAGGACACCAAGGCGAUCUUCUAUGACAAACUUUGGGAUAUACAACCCUUCAAGCCCUCCACUUAUUGGUUCCUGAAAACUGAAGAGGCAGUAGAAGCAAUAAGCUUAGAAGAGGAAUCGGCAGUUUCUCUAGUUAAGGCGCCAGUUGGGGAGAUAUGCCUACUAUCCAGUCCAUCUAUAGUUUUGGCUUUGGAAAUGGAGAUCGGUAAUGAGACCAUACCGGUGUUGGUGAUGCAGUCUUCUCUUACCGGACAAGUUAAAGAUUGGAGCUCUGAUUUCUACAUGGAGUGCACGUGGGCGAUGCAAGUUUCAUAUUACAACAUCGGUCGAGCCAUGUGGGAGCCACUCGUUGAACCCGUAGAAGUGCUUAAGAAUUAUCAGUACAAACACGUUCCGUGGGAGCUGAAAAUGGAGGUAGUGAUGCGACCUGAAGAAUCUCAAUCGACGAUAGACACCACAGAUGAAGCAGCAAAUAUAGCGGCGGCUGCUCAAAGACAAGCCAAUAAAACCAUUACGCUAUCAAGCAGUGAACCACUUGAGAUAACUAUCACUAGAAGUGGUAUUGAGGUGCUCACACAACUUGCGAAUUCGUUUUCAACUGCAAUUGCCGAGACAACGGCGGAUACUACGUUAGUUGCAAAGGCUAAACUAGAAGAUACUUCACAAAAGCAGUACUUGGGUGCACCAUAUGUUCUUCAUAACUGUACGGGCCUUACUACAAAGUUGAUUCUUCACAAUAAUCACGACUUUGCUGUCUUCCUCACUGAAGAGUACACUAGUUCUGACUACAGGGAAGUUGUUUUGGAGCCAGGCGCUUGUUUACCACUUCAGCUGAAGCAAGGCGGUAUUAACGUCAUGAAAUUGAAUGAGCCACCUCCGCAACUCAAGCUCAACUUUAAGAUUGUGGAACUAGACGAAGAGCUACAAAUUCCCGUUGAACGUGCUGACAAACGGUACUUUACGCUAGGACGACGCGCUUCAGGCGAGAGUCGUGCCAAGAAUGUGCCUCAUGCAGCUGCAAUGGAGCCACGUGGACUUAUCAGUGAUGUUGUGAUGCAAGAUGCCGCUUUACAUAUAUACCUGCGCAGUGUAGUUCAGGUUACAAAUAUGCUGGCGGUGCCUGUGUGCGUUUAUUAUAUGACAUUGAGCGGAAACGAAGUCAGAUUAUUGGGUGAAGUGGGUGCGGGUGGUACUUUACGUCUCCCGUUACAAGCCGUACAUACGCCUACAGCGGAAAUCUUCUUCUCUGUUGAAGGUUUCACCGUAUCCGUGUCACCAUUUAUCUGGCGAGAACUGCAACAAGAACCAAAAAUUUCAAAACUUCUACAGUGUGACUCAAAAGAUAAGAAUAGCGGAGAAAAGUUCUAUUUAAGGGCCGUGGGUACAAUGGAACAAGUAUUCUUCGAGCAUUCUAAUCGGCAUACCUUCGCGUCAUCCUGUUACGACAUAGUUCUAAAACCAGCCGUGAAGUUACAAAACUGCUUACCAGUGGACAUCGUUGUCUCUCAACUUGGACUCAAGCGCACACAGCUCUUCAAACCUGGAGAGAUGUUCCAUCUUUCACAUUUAGCGCCAAAUAGAGCUUCUAUCGUUAUUAUGAUUCAAAACUACCUAGACAAAUGCUGGGUUUGCACAAAAAACUUGCCGGAGGAGUCCAGUGAGUUGUCAGUUUGGUCCUUCGAGUCGCACGAUAGUCCAGCACUAAUGGUACUGGAACUUGGUAUGCACAGCGCUGAUAUGGAAGGAACACAGCUGCUUUCGCUGUACUGUCCAUUCUGGAUGUUAAAUAAAACUGGAUUCACUCUAUGCUAUAGGAAAUCAAAGAAACCAGAAAAAGAUUCCAGCACCCCCAACAAGAACGUCGACGAGACAGGCAAUGUGAUCUUCCAUCCGAAAGAUUACAAGGAGCCGAUAUUGUUCUCGUUCCGCGCGAAAAAUUUCUUCGGCAAGAAGAAGGCGGCAAUACGAGUGGAGUUUGGCGAGUGGUCCGACAAGUUCUCGCUAGACGUGCCCGGAAGUUCCGGUGUUGUUAUCUGUAAAAAUGAAGGCCGGACGUAUCAGGUUGCAGUUACCAAUCAGCUGACGUUCAACAGCUUGACAAAAAUGGUGAUAUUCACGCCCUUCUUCCUCAUUCUCAACGAGUGUCCAUUUGCAAUACAAUACCAGGAGUUGCACCGUUCUGGCGACCCUUGGAGAGAGGUGGACCAAAAUUCGAGUGCUCCCCUUUGGCCUAUAGUGGAAAAAGAAGAUAAGCUUUUACUGCUACGCGUGUCUGGAUCUACGGAACACGCUUCGCCGUUUCUUUACACGGAACAACAUAGUGUCUGCUUAAAAUUAAACAAUCAUUACGGCGGCUUACACGUAGAAGUGCAACUAAGCGAGGGCGGCACCUACGUCACAAUACGCCAAUAUCGCGACGGCCACGCCCCCGCACUCCUUGUGAAUUUCACUUCGCACGCAGUCACCGCAUAUGAAAAGGAGAAUGUUAAUGUCAGAAAAAUUCCAUCAAUGCAUAGGAUGCUAUACACAUGGGACAACCCUGCUGGACCGAGAAUAUUAAUAUUCGAGGGUCACAAGAGAAAGGAAAUUGAAAACGAUCUAAGAAAGGAUGGGAUUGGUGACUUCAUGAUAAAUGAAACUCACCGUAUUACAUGGGUUUCUUUCUUGGACGGUCUCCAGCGUGUGAUUUUGUUAACCGAAGAUCCGAUACUAGCAAGUGGCGCUCACACUAUCGGCGAAGCUGAACCCGUACAUACUGAAUUUCAACUGGCCAUGCACGGAUUGGGUCUCUCGCUGGUCAAUGACUAUGACCUCACGGAAAUCCUAUACAUCAGUAUAUCCAAUUCGGGUAUAAUAUGGGAGCAAUGUAAAGUUGGGGCACGCCGAUAUAAGAAAAUCGAAGGUCAGAAGCUUAUACAGUAUGAAGAAGCAUAUCAAAAGUAUAUCAAUGACAAAAUAGUUAGUGACAAUGAGGUCUCGCCGCGAGUGCAUAUAGAUGAAACUAUUGAGGUUGACUUCGAAGAGAUGCGAGUUUUGAAGCCGUCUCAGCGUCUCUUGCGACGGACUAUGCAGCCGGGUUUAUGGGCACGGUACGGUUGUUGGCACCGGUCCCUCCCCCCUAAGUCUGUCGCCAACGAAGAUCCUAGCGGUACAAAACCAUUUAUUGAAGUAUCUAUAGUAGAACGUAUAAUGGAACAUAGCAAAGUGCGUCAAUACAAAUACUACAAGAUGCUAAUCCAAGAGUUCCAUGUAAAGGUGGAUAUGGGAUUCAUUAAUGCGCUCAUGGGCAUGUUCCCACAGAGAUCGUUGACUGAACAGGAAGCCCUUGAUGCAUUCCAAGCCGACUUAGAGAAGGCAGGCCAGCCCCUAGAAGCACUAGCCGCGAUGGGCGUUGCCUCUGAUCUUAAGAACUUCUACGAUAAUCUUCACUUAUCACCUCUAAAAGUUCACGUCUCGUUCUCUCUUGGUGGCGCGAGUCAAUUGCCGACCUUCGUGGGCACAGUACUUCAGAGUAUCGGAGUAACACUCACGGACAUGAACGAUGUAGUUUUCAAGUUAUCGUACUACGAGCGGAAUUACGAGUUCCUCUCGCAGAAGGAACUAAUCAGCCAAGUUCAGAACCAUUACACGGGCCAAGCGUUGAAACAGCUCUACGUACUCGUACUGGGGUUGGAUGUGAUCGGAAAUCCUUAUGGUCUGGUCAUCGGCCUCAAAAAGGGCGUGGAGGACUUAUUCUAUGAGCCUUUCCAGGGAGCAAUUCAAGGACCUGGUGAAUUCGCUGAAGGACUGAUGUUAGGGGUUCGGUCACUAGUGGGGCAUACGGUUGGAGGUGCUGCUGGGGCAGUUUCAAGGAUAACUGGUGCUAUGGGGCAUGGUCUUGCAGCUCUUUCCUUGGAUAAGGAAUAUCAAAGAAGACGAAGAGACAACAUAAACAAACCUCCGGCUAACUUGCAGGAAGGUCUAGCCAGAAGUGGCAAAGGGCUUGUUAUGGGGAUAUUCGACGGCGUCACUGGGGUAUUCACGAAACCGAUAGAUGGCGCUCGAGAGGAGGGCGUCGAAGGGUUCUUCAAAGGUCUGGGGGUCGGUGCCGUGGGGCUAGUAGCGAGGCCCACAGCUGGAGUCGUAGACUUCGCGUCAGGGUCCUUUGACGCCGUCAAGAGGGCCGCGGAUAUGUCUGAAGAAGUGACGAAGCGUAGAGCUGCAAGAUAUUUGCCACCAGAUGCAGGCGUUAGACCCUACUCCAGGUCGCAAGCGGAAGGAUAUAAGAUGCUCUCUGAACUCGAAAAGGGAAAAUUCGUGAGCACCGACACAUACGAGGCGCAUGUAUGGGUGAUAGCUGGUAAAGAGGUGGUGAUGUGCACAGACAAGCGGCUCUUCUACCUCGAGAAGAAUAACGUGUUUGGUGGAUGGCAGAUUGUCUGGAUGUACCUAUGGACGGAAAUACCAGAGGUGCCGACCGCGGUCAACAAGGGCGUAUACAUCCCGACCGCAAAGCGAAAAGUGCUCGGCAUGUUCCCGAGUUCCGGCUCCGGGAAAGUCAUAUUCCUAUACGACGAGCAGCAGAAGAAGUACCUGCUGGCGCAGUGCGAACGGCUGAUGGCCGCGGCCCGUUGA